AUGUCAACAAUAACACCCGAUGCGCUUCAGUCAGGACAGCCGCCCGUCAUUCCCCUGUCCUUCAAUGGUAACCAACCCGAAAAGGUGACGCUCUACCCACUGUCGAACUACACGUUUGGGGUCAAGGAAACCCAGCCUGAAGAGGAUCCAUCAGUCAUCGCUCGCCUCAAAAGACUCGAGGAACACUACACGGAGCAUGGGAUGCGCCGCACUUGCGAAGGCAUUCUCGUCUGCCACGAGCACAACCACCCACAUAUUCUGAUGCUGCAAAUCGCCAAUGCCUUUUUCAAGCUCCCCGGAGACUACCUGCGUCCCGAAGACGAUGAGAUUCGAGGCUUCAAGUCGCGGCUGGACGAGAGACUGGCGCCUGUCGGCCGCUUGGGAGAGGGUGAGGAAGCUGGUGAUUGGCAAGUGGGCGACUGCCUUGCUCAGUGGUGGAGGCCUAACUUCGAAACAUUCAUGUAUCCGUUUAUCCCGGCGCAUGUGACGAGGCCGAAAGAGUGCAAGAAGCUCUACUUCAUUCAGUUGCCCAAACAAAAGGUUCUAAGCGUCCCCAAGAACAUGAAGCUUCUGGCCGUUCCUCUAUUCGAGCUCUACGACAACACUGCCCGAUAUGGCCCACAGCUUUCUGCAAUUCCCCAUCUUCUCAGUCGAUACAACUUUGAGUUCGUGGAUGAGAAUGGCAAUGUCGUCGCUGCCACACCAGGGUCUGCCGCGCCAGAGGGCUAUGUUCCAUACACAAAAGUCUUGGCAGGCGAUGAUACGGACAUGAAGGAGGAGAAUGGAACAAGCUGA